CUGGGGCGUGUAGCGUGCGGGGGCAGGGCCGUCGCGUCUCCCUGCUUGUCAUUGAGUCAGGGGGCACGUGUUCCGGCGGGUGGAUGGUCCACACUGCGUGCGCCUGGGGUGGUGGUACCCAUUGCCGGCUCGCUGGAGCGCCUCGCUGUGGCAUAGCUGCAGGGCGCGUGGUGAUAGGGUUCACCGAACAGCAUUGGCCUGGAGGAUAUGUUGUGCAGUGGUCAGGGUCGCUGUGGUAGGAGAGUAGAAUUGUAUUAAAAUGGAAGUUGACAUAAAUGGAGAGACCAGAACUACCAUAGCUACGCUUCCCUUACCUAUUGCAGAGGUGAGUUCUACAGGCAAAGUGGAAGCAGAGAAACCUCGAUGCUCCAGCACCCCAUGCUCACCAAUGCGACGGACAGUUUCAGGUUAUCAGAUCCUUCACAUGGAUUCUAACUACUUGGUUGGCUUCACAACUGGUGAGGAGCUCUUGAAGUUAGCCCAGAAGUGUACAGGAAGUGAGGAAAAUAAAGUGGAAGCUGUGCCCACCGUGCGCUCCAAACAACUUGAUUCAGGACUUACACGUUCCUCACGGUUGUACAAAGCUAGAAGUAGAUACUAUCAGCCAUAUGAGAUCCCAGCUGUAAAUGGAAGGAGGAGAAGACGGAUGCCCAGCUCAGGGGAUAAAUGCACUAAGGCUUUACCAUAUGAACCCUACAAGGCACUUCAUGGUCCUCUGCCUCUUUGUCUCCUCAAAGGUAAGAGGGCUCACUCUAAAUCCCUGGACUACCUCAAUUUAGACAAAAUGAACAUCAAGGAACCUGCUGACACAGAAGUGCUACAAUACCAGCUCCAGCACCUUACCCUAAGAGGGGACCGUAUGUUUGCUAGAAACAACACAUGAACUACCAUGUGGAAGUUAAAGCCAACUCCUGGUAAUUUCUUCACUGCUGCAAAAAUCCACUGUUGUACUGUGUACAUGACUGUCCACAUUGUAGGUGGUUGUAUCAGCUAAGUGUUAUCAGAAUGUUAUUUAUUGAAUACAAUUUUGAACACUCAAAAUGUCACAGAUAUUUGGAGGGGAAAAUCUUUUCAGAGAGAUUAAUUUUCUGAAGAAAAUCUGACUGCAAUUGGUGGACAUUUCUUUGGGACACUUUUUAACAAAGAAAAGGCUUUUGUACAGGUAUCUAGUAUUUACAGUGAUUUGACACUCAGACAUUGGUGAUGGUGUCUGCUUAGUUGUUGCUAAUUUGGCUUGCUAUUGGAAGUUGCUGUUGGAUAAGCAUCAAGUUCUCCUUUUGUCAUUUUCUAUACUUUACAAUAAAAUGUAUGUAUGGUAAUGGUUUGUUGUAUUACAGAAAAGAAUGUGAACCUGAAUUGAACCACUUGUUGUUUAAAACAAUCCAGUUUAAACAUUUUGAAAUUGGGUCUGCGCUAGAAAAACGUUUCACUGAUGCAAAUGAACAAAGGUUUAUUUUUACUUAAAAUUAUUGAACAGUUAUUUUUCAGUUGCACAUGGGAAUAGUUGCUUUUCUUCUUUCUUCCUCUGUUUUAAAAACUUUGGUUAAAUAAGUAUUUGGAAUAUUUUUUUAAAAAGAACCAUUCUGGAAAUAAAGAUUUUCAUUAAAUUUUAAGAGGAUUUACUGUAAUAAAUUUUGCGGGUUUUACAUUGUCGUGACAUAUAAACAAGGAUCCACUUUAGAUUCCAAUAUAUAGAUUAGAAUGUCUACAUCAGAAAGUAGCAUUGAAUGAAAUUUUUGAUUUUUAAAUCAUAAUUAUAUUACAUAUGUACUUAUGGAAGGUGUUAAAAACACAACUUUAGCACUGCACUGGAAAUUCCAGUUAUUUGCAGCACUAAACACUUUUUAAAAUUAAAAAUCCAGAUGCCUGAAUUCUUUUGAAGGCAUAGAGUGCUUUUAUAGCAGCCUUGAAGUGCUGAAUCUGGAUUUAACAAUUUACAUCAAAUGCACUGGCUUAAUUUGUUGCUUAAGAAAUCAUGUCCAACUAUGGCAGGAAAUGCAGUUUUAGCUACUGCAAACUUAAAUAUAUUUGGAAAAUAUAUGUAGCUUGCCUUUGUAGAAGUACUAUUUUUCAUUCUUUGUCUUUUUUUAAAGGUGCAAGUUAUUACUGAGGCAGUGUGCAACCAUGCUUGGUUUUGCUCAGCGAGUUAUUUAGAAGUUAAAGAUUUAAAUAAGCACCGUGUCUAUGAAAUAGAAAUAAUUUUUAAUUGGUCAGUCAUUCCUGGCACAAUUCUGAUUUUCUUCAGAAUGAAUGGAAAGCACUAGUGCAGAGUGUGUGUUGUGGAAAAACAAGAAUUCUUUUCAUCCAUUCAGUUACUCCACAGUUGUAGUUGGCUACAGUGAAGAGCCUGUGGAUAGUUUGCAUUCUACUGGUUUGAUUGAUUUUUUUAGGUAUGGUAGGAAUCGUUGCAGCUGAUGUAUAUUUUAAAGUAAACUGCACCUCUGUGAACUUAUUGUAUUGAAGAAUGAUCUCUAAACUAUUCCUAUAUAGUCUCUAGUUUCACAAACAGAAUACUGUCAGAUGCCAAAGAGAGAUGGGUUUUAUGUUUAAUGAUUAAACAUCACUAUUUAUUGAUUUUUACCCUAUGGAACUGUAUUUCUGGCUAUGAAAUAAAAGGGUGAUGUAAAUAUA